AGUGACCAGGCACUUAAAAUCUGCUAGGUCACACUGACCGACCACUGGAUAAGCUAGCGGUGAAUUUGCACAAUCUCGAGCGAAGAAAAAUUUAGUUCCAUCGACAGGAUGGCGAACAAGACGGCCAGUAAGUCCAAGAAAGAAGUCGGCUUCCUCGGCAAAACCUACCUGCUCGCGUACAACGGGGCUCAGGUUGCAGGAUGGAGUUACAUUCUGUAUUUGAUGGGCCAGUAUUACACGGCCGACCCGAAGCCCCAGCAGUCCCUCUGGGAGAUCGUCCGGACCGCCCUGAUUAUUUUCCAGAACGCCGCCGUCCUUGAGGUGUUCCAUGCCAUUUUCGGCCUGGUCUCCUCCAACGCCAUGGUCACCUUGUUCCAAGUAGCCUCCAGGGUGAUGGUCGUGUGCGGCGUGCUGAUCGGCGUCGAGGGCGCCUCCGACAGUCAGGGUCUGCACUUUUUGCUCUUCGCCUGGACCGUCACUGAGAUCAUUCGCUACAGCUUCUACGCCAUGGGAAUCCUCGGUGUUUCCAUCUACCCCAUCGUCUGGUGCAGGUACACUUUCUUCAUUGCUCUCUACCCAAUUGGAGUUACUGGCGAGUUGCUGUGCCUGUGGGCGGCCUCUCAGCUUGUGGGCGCGAGCAAACAGUGGACUUUGACCUUUCCCAACAGCUGGAACGCCACCUUCAACUAUCAGUACUUCUUGGUCAUCGUCAUGGCUCUCUAUGUUCCACUGUUCCCUCAAAUGUACCUGCACAUGUUUGGACAGCGAAAGAAGGUGCUCGGUGGUGGCGCCAGCAAGAAGAAGAAUUAAAGUGACUGGUGUUUGUUGAUUAUUUUGUAUAAAAAUGUUCAGUCUUUUGUAAUACUCUUGCCUCUAAGGUUCAUGCGACAGAAUAGUUUUGGACCAAUGUUGAUUUAUUUUAAUUGCGUGACCAGACAGUGAAUUUUUGGGGAAAUGAGACUCCUCUUCUUUUGCUCAAAAUAGAUUUUAAUCUUUUAUUUUUGCGCGCCUCGAACUUUCUAGUUGGAGAUUAUUUUUGCCAAUGGGAUAAUAAAAGUUGUGUUUUUAA